GUUUCGGAGUUGAGCGGUGCGGCAAGCAAGUUAAAUUUCUUUUGUUUUUGAGUGUCAACGAAAUGGCCGGUUAUUGUGAUACAAGGCUGGCCGCAAUAAUGAAAUGGCGACUAGCGGUGACUUAUCGAUGAUCUCGCCGCCAACAUCGUCUUCCAUAUCAAACGAACAAGAUCCAUUUGGACAGUUGCCACCGCUACUGCCACCAUUACGUUCAACACAAGUACUACAACCAAUAACGGUAUUUCCAGUGUCCAAUUUGAAUGAAGAUUCCUACGACUAUGUGUUUGGUGGUCGUCGUAACGCUCCUACAGCAAAUCCAACACUCAAUCUGACCUCGCCUCCCAUACGCUUAAGACCAGAAGACAUUUGUAAUACCUGCAGUGGUAUUGGCGGUUUACAGCACAACAGCACUAUCAGUACAAGCGGUGGUGGUGGUGUUCGUUUAAAUCGUCAUUCAUUCAGUUAUGUACCAAGACGUUCUCGACAUUCGUCUUCAGAUAACGAACGUGAACGUAACGCUAACUAUGAAUCUAGACUAAGAUGUCAUGGCGAGGAUGAAGCAACCCUACGACAAAUGCUUCUUGAUUUGCAAAAGCAAGUUAGCGUGAUGAGUAUGAAUUUAUCAGCAAAAUUAGAUGAGCUUCAAAGAGGCGAUCGACACUUGGAGACGACAGUCGCCUUGUGCGAAAUACGAUCACAAUUACAAGAAUUAACAAAAUCCGUUGAAAGCUGCCAAAGUGAGGUAUCAGAAGUAAAACGCGACAUGGUGGCCAUAAAGCAUGAAUUGGACACCGUACAACAAGUGAAAGAGGAAAUUGAAGAAUUACGCGAAUAUGUCGAUAGAUUAGAAGAACACACCCACAGAAGGAAGCUAAGACUUUUAGAACAAGGUUUAACCUUCUUUCUGACGUACUCGAUAUUCUCGGCGGUGUUGGGUAUGUUGCAAUUCGGUUAUAAUACCGGUGUGAUAAAUGCGCCCGAAAAGAAUAUUGAAAAUUUCAUGAAAGACGUUUAUAAAGAUCGCUAUGGCGAGGAUAUUAGCGAAGAGUUUAUACAGCAACUGUAUUCGGUGGCGGUUUCGAUAUUCGCCAUUGGGGGUAUGUUAGGAGGUUUCAGCGGCGGUUGGAUGGCCAAUCGUUUUGGAAGAAAGGGUGGUUUACUAUUAAACAAUGUGUUGGGCAUAUCAGGAGCCUGUUUAAUGGGUUUUACCAAAGUUAGUCAUUCCUAUGAAAUGUUAUUCCUUGGCCGUUUUAUAAUUGGUGUUAAUUGCGGUCUCAAUACAUCAUUAGUGCCAAUGUACAUUUCUGAAAUAGCGCCUUUAAAUUUACGAGGCGGCUUAGGUACUGUAAAUCAAUUGGCUGUGACUGUAGGUUUACUAUUAUCCCAAGUAUUGGGUAUCGAACAAAUAUUAGGAACUAAUGAAGGCUGGCCCAUAUUAUUGGGCUUAGCCAUUUGUCCAGCAAUAUUACAAUUAAUAUUACUGCCCGUAUGUCCGGAAUCACCACGUUAUCUACUUAUUACCAAACAGUGGGAAGAAGAAGCCAGAAAAGCUUUAAGACGUUUACGUGCCUCGAGUUCUGUGGAAGAGGAUAUUGAAGAAAUGCGUGCCGAAGAAAGAGCUCAACAAGCUGAAAGCCAUAUAUCAACUAUGGAACUGAUAUGUUCGCCUACUUUAAGACCGCCACUGAUAAUUGGUAUAGUCAUGCAGUUAAGUCAACAGUUUAGCGGUAUAAAUGCGGUAUUCUAUUAUUCCACUUCACUGUUCGUUAGUUCGGGUCUUUCCGAUGAAAGCGCUAAAUUUGCCACAAUAGGCAUAGGUGCAAUUAUGGUUGUUAUGACUUUAGUGUCAAUACCUCUUAUGGACCGUACCGGUCGUCGCACACUUCACCUAUACGGUUUAGGUGGCAUGUUUAUAUUCUCAAUAUUUAUAACAAUUUCAUUUUUAAUUAAGGAGUUUUUUGGUUAUGUACAGGAAAUGAUCGAUUGGAUGUCAUAUCUCUCGGUGGUAUCCACUCUCGGAUUUGUGGUGUUCUUUGCCGUUGGACCGGGCUCCAUACCCUGGAUGAUAACAGCGGAAUUAUUUUCACAAGGACCCCGUCCCAGUGCCAUGGCCAUUGCGGUGCUGGUCAAUUGGAUGGCAAAUUUCGUAGUUGGCAUCGGUUUCCCCAGUAUGAAGACUUGCUUGGACAAUUACACAUUCUUACCUUUUAGCGUAUUUUUAGCAAUAUUUUGGAUAUUCACAUAUAAGAAGGUUCCUGAGACCAAAAACAAAACAUUCGAGGAGAUCUUGGCACUCUUCCGUCACAACAAUGGAAGGAGUAUGCUAAACUACACAAAUAGUUUGGAGCCACAGAGUAUGAAUUCUGGCAUAGAACGUGCCGCCCUGAUGGUAUCUGAGGAAAAGAAUGACUCACGCAUGGGUCCAUAUCCGUUAAAUGAUAGCACUAAUCUUUUGGGUCCAACGACAAGUUUAGCGGGCAGCUCUACUUGUUACACCAACUAUGGUACAAAUAUUCACACACCAGUUCCUAUACGCAAAUGUUACUAUGAUUACACAUACAAUCGGGACAAUUUUCGUCGUCAUUCGGCACACGGACGUAUGAAUACAACAGCAACAACAACAACAACAACAACGACAUCAGAUUCUUCGUAUUUUGGACGUAAAUACAUGGUGGUGGCUCUUAAAAAGCAAAGCAAAAGUAUGGAUCAGCAGUAAUUUGUUUAGUAAUGUAAAUA